AUGAUGUACAACAGGAAGGAAACCUCCGCGAUGCUGAUAGCAUUCGCACUGCUCUCCUGUGCCAUACCCGUUACUAUUGCCUCCCCCUUUCCAGCCCCGCGAGGAGGGCCCAGUAUCAGACCACCUCCUGCCCCGGAGCCAGUGAACGUGGUCGAACUACCUCUGCCUCCCGUCGCCCCAGUCGAUGAGCCCGGUGCGUGUACCAGAACCCUCAAUCCGCACGGCACAGGGUGCAUAGGCAAAGCCGCCGAGCUCCGCAACGGGAACUUCCUCCCAGACAACAAGCACAUUGUGGCUACGGUGACCUUUGUCGGAGCCCCCGAGGCACCAGACCCAGCUAGCAUCUACACCGGUGUGCAGCUGAUCGUGAUCAAGACUGAUGGGCGGAAAUUCCCCAACGGGGAUGCAUGGAAGUGCAUCACCUGCGGCAUUCCCCAGGCGAAGCGGAACGGCACCACGUCGCUGCUGGAGUACCCGCAAGCGUUCAAAGAUGGGAAGCGCGUGCUGGCAGGGAACAAUAUCGUCGAUUGCGGUGCCGUGCUCUCGAGUUCCAAGUGCACGCCGGAAACUGCACGGAUCUAUCCCAUCUAUUGGAAAACCACGGCCGAUGGGUCUGGACCUGGUGGAACGAUCCGUGAGAAUCGCAUCCACCCCGAUAACGUGCAUUUGGGGUUCAGCUCGUUUACGACAACUGGCGGCGUCAUGGGCCAGUUUGCCUACUUUGGUCGACUCGUCUUGAACCGCUCUCCAACCGCGGGUAUCCCGCAGGUCCCACGCUACGAGCUGGACAAGGUCACUCGCCUCUACGACCCCGCCGCGCUCCAACCGUUCUCCAUACACGGUGACGAACUCAAGGUAAACACCCAAGCCCUCAGCGUCGGCGAGCUCCGUGGCUUUUCUGGCGACGGAACCGAAGUCACAUACGUCGGCUCCAACCGCGAAUCCUCCAACGUCGACCUCUUCGCCGCGGACCUACAAACGGGCCACGUCCGACGCCUCACAGAGCACCCAGGCUACGCGGAUCCAAUCGACAUCUCCCCGAACAACCAAUGGUCCGUCAUCCUCGACACGCGAAGCACCAACAGAACAAUGUUCAUAGCAGGCAUGCGGCACAUCCCGCCGCUGACCGACCUCGUCGCCUCGACCGCCUCGGCCUCAAUCCGGAACAACGGGCAGCGCCGCUUCUUCCAGCCGUGGCUGCUCGAAGCGGCAGGCGAUCGCGGCGAGUAUUACGGCCAGCAGCUGAAUGCACACGGGGAUGGGGGCCCGGGGAGCGUGAAUGACCCGCAGUGGAAUGCGCAGGCGGAUCCGCGGUGGUCGUGGGAUGGGACGAGGAUCGCGUAUUAUCAGACGCUGACUGUGCCGCCGCAGUGUGGGGGUGCCAAUCCGUUGCCGUGCCCUGUUUCCACGGCUGAGGGCGGACGCACGUAUAGGAUUAUGUCGGCGACGCUGCCCAGGUGGAAGCCGAGUACGCCGCGACCUGUCCGUCCUGUCUCGGACGUUAUUCCCUGGGGUGUGCCCUAUGUCCCUGGGGAGGCCAUGCCCGUGCGCUGGUCUCCGCCUGCAGGACAAUACAAGGUGUAUGGAAAGGUUUCCGGGUACGCGGACGCCACCCUCGUCGAGGGUAGCGGCGGCGGUGGGCUCGAGACGGUGGGGGUCCGUUAUCACGAUUACUCUGAUGCGCGGGGAGUCGUACUGAACGGGUGGGAGAAUGUGACGACCGUCUCAGAAAGUCUCACCCUGGAGAGGGUUGCGUGGUUCUCGAAUCUCACGUCGUCUGGUGAUCACGUUGCCUCCAAGGUAACCAGUGAAGGGGGCUUUCAUCUGCUCAUUGAUAUCAUGGAGACCGAGUUUGUGGCGAAUGGGACUCUUACGACCACUGUUGAUGGGGUUGUGUAUGCGCAGCCGAAAAAUUAUACCUAG